AUGAGAAAGCUGUCGGCGCGAUUGGUGCCGCGUGUUCUCACUCCGGACAACAAGCGCAAUCGGCUCUACUAUGCUGGAUUAUUGGGCCGUUUUGAAGCCGAAUUGAAGAAAAAACAGCCCUAUUUGGCGAAGAAAAAAGUGCUCUUUCUUCAGGAUAACACACCGGUUCACACCGCUACGACCAAAUUGGUAGAAUUAGGCUACGAACUGCUGCACCAUCCACUGUAUUCUUCGGAUUACACCUCGUGGGACUUAUUUUUGUUUCCAAAUUUGAUAAAGUCACUCGCCGGGCAGAAAUUUGAGUCGAAUGAGGCGGUUAUCGCCCCCACGGAGGCCUACAUCAAGUGUAUCGAACUCAAAGAAGAUUAUGUUGAGAAAUAA